UGUCAGCCGCCGGCCGACAUUAGGCGUGAGGGGCCUCCGUCUCCCCAGCGCCGGGCGGCCGGGCUGCAGCCGCGGUCGGCGGGCCCCUGUGGCGGAGGCGCGAUGCCGGGGGCGGGGGCGACGCCGGGCCGGGGCCGGGGCGACCUGCCGCUGGCGCACGGGAAGUGGCUGGGCCUCGGGCUCCUGCUGCUGGCCUGCCUCCUGCUCCAGCUGCUGCUCAACAUCUGGCUGCUGUGUGCCUGGGUGCUGCUGCUGCUGCUGGGCGGCUGGCUGGGCUCGCAGCUGGUGCUCAGUCCCACCAGCCUGGUGCACCUGGAGAGGUUCGUCAGCCUGGAGCCCUGGCCGACCCAGGCGGACUGCAGGGCGCUGCUGGCCCGGGAGAUCGAGGGCACCAUCAGCAAGAUCAUCAGGGACUUCGUCCGCUGCUGGUACCAGACCGUGAGCCAGGAGCCAGAGUUUGUGGACGAGGUGCAGAAAGCAAUGCGUGCCAUGGCUGUGGAGCUGCAGCGGAGGAUGGAGGGAGUGGACAGGAAGGCACUGGCACGGAGGGUGCUCCUGUUAUGCGGCCGCCACCUGGAGGUUUACAUGAGGGCAAAGAGGACAACGAGCGAGAAGGUGGCCCGCCAGCGAGGGCAGGACAUUCACUCCGUGUGGAAAGCGUAUUGCAAACUGAGCGAGCCCCACGUUGCCCUUCAGAGCUCUGCAACUGAAGCGAAUUAUGCACGGGGCAUUGUUGAUUUGCUCUUGCAUGUGUUGGUGCCCUUUCCCAAUCUGGAAACUAGGACAGGGAGGUUUGUUGUGAGGGAGCUCAUCAUGUGCAACGUGCUUCUACCCCUCAUUAGAAAAAUGUCAGACCCAGAUUGGAUAAAUGGUAUAAUAAUAGAUAUAUUCACAAAGUCGGGCAAGAAGACUGUCGAUGUGAUGGAGCAGCCUUUGCAUCUGGAAGUGCCAACUUCCUUACACUUGAAACCCCAAAAGGAGGCAAUUGAUGAAAAACUACCAACUCCUAAAGCUGCUGAUUCUCUCAGUAAUGAUGUUGUUGAUAGUUUGGAACCUAAUAUGGAGGAGACUAGUGCAUCAGUAGAUGGAAGUGUGAUUAAAUCAAGUGGUAAAGUUGAUAGAUCUUCAGAAAAUAUCACCAGUCGGUCUGAUCACCAAAGACCAGAUAAAUUAAACCUUUUCUAUUCAUGUGAGGAAUUCGAACCUGAAUCUCCCCAUGCUGCUGUGAGAAAAGAUUCCACUGAAUCUUUAAUAUUUUUGAUGGCUGAUGAACUGGCUGUGGACAGGUUGUCUCCAACAGAAUUAACUAAUGCUUCAGAUGGGGCAGAAGAUGCAAGCAGUGAUGAACUUAUCAUUGGAGAAUCCACACUUUCAGAUGCAGAUGCUACCUUGCCAUCAUUUGGCCAAAAUCCAGUUUCUCUGAGGCCUGAGCAUGUUCUUGAUGAUAAUGAUGGGAAAGAAGAGCCUUUAGCUAAAUUAGCAAACUCCACAUCUGCUCUGGCCCAUGAGACAAUCCGAAUUCUUUCCAGACAACAAUCAUUUCAGGACAAGGAAUCUAUUCUAGCAGAUGGUUCAACUUGCAACUCCUUAGAAGUUGCCCCUGCAGGACCUGUACAUACAUUGUCCCCUACUUCAGUGAAUGUGCCCACUUACAGCUUUGAACCAAUUUGCAGUCCAGAUACACCAGUGGUAAUUCACAAUCUGAGAAUCAGUGGAACAAUCACAGCAAAAGAACACAGAGGAGGUGGAUUUCACCCUUACACUCUAUAUACCAUUAAGUAUGAAACUGCACUGGAUACAGACAACCGUGGGACUCUCCAGCAGGUGGCCUAUCAUACUGUUAAUCGACGGUACAGUGAAUUCCUGAAUUUGCAAACCAGGCUAGAGGAAAAGGCAGAGCUUCGUAAGCUCAUCAAAAAUGUAAAAGGACCAAAGAAGCUCUUUCCUGAUCUCCCAUUUGGAAAUAUGGAUAGUGAUAAAGUUGAGGCUCGAAAAAGCCUCCUUGAGACAUUUCUGAAGCAACUGUGUGCCAUUCCUGAAAGUGCUUACUCUGAGGAGAUGCAGGAGUUCCUGGCCCUAAACACCGAUGCCAGAAUUGCUUUUGUGAAGAAGUCCUUUGUUUCCAGGAUUGACAAGAUUGUCGUUAGUGCAAUUGUGGAUACAUUGAAGACAGCAUUCCCUCGAACAGAACCUCAGAGUCCUACUGAAGAAUUGGGAGAGUGCGAAGCAGAUGGAAAGUCUCAAGGGGAUGGAAAGAAAGCUACCAAAUCUCGUCUAAGGUUUGCCUCCAGUAAGAUUGCUCCGGCUCUGAGUGUUGGAGACAUUCAAGCAAAAAUCACGUACUGUUACAAUGAAAAUGCUUUAUCGGAAGGUCUUUGUGUAGCAGGCAUGGAGGACUUUAUCUUGGAACAAGAAAAGCUAUUGGGAAGAACACAACUGAAUUUGAAGGGAAGAGUGUCCAAAGGGGAUGCAGUUAAAGAAUAUGGUUACUUAGACAAGAGACUGCAAAGCAGUGAGCCAUCUUAUUCCAACCAGCAACUGAAUUCUGACGGUUCUGAAACAGUCUUGGCAGAUAUAGCACUUGAUCUUCUCUGCUUAUUGAUGAAAGAGCACUGGAGCUGGCUGUGUACUGAGAACAUGCAAAAGCUCAUCCGGCUGCUAAGUGGGACCCUGAUAGAGAGGUGGCUUGAAGUUCAGAUUAUUAACCUGACAAGCACUCAGUACUGGGUUGUGUACCUCAAGCUUUUACAGGAGGCAAUCUGGCCUGGAGGAGCUUUACCUAAAUGGCCAAAGCCUGCUAGAACUCAAGAACAGAAAAUCCAGACCCGGGAACUGGCCUUACAAUGCCUCAUGAAGAUGUUACCAGCUCUGAUUCCUGAAGUUCUUGGUGAGGAGGGUUAUGAAAAAAGUUGGCAGCUAGUGCUGGAAUCUCUGCAAGAUCCUAUGAUAAACAGACAUCUGGUAUACUGCAUUUGGGAUCUACUGCUAGAGUUCCUAAUCCCUGAAGCUUCUAGCGAGGAGUUCCAAAAGUCUCUGUUAACCUUGGCUUCAGGAAGCUCAGAGAAAGUACUGGGAUGAGCCAAGAACCAUCUCCACCCAUCGACUGAAUAUAAGGGAAAUGUGUCUCAAGAACAUCACUGGGACGUUAAUCAUCUUUUUGCCCAAGUGGGUGCAAGAUAAAUGCUUAGCCUAAAUUCUGUAGAUUUCAGCUUCAGAUUCAUAGUAAAAUGGCAGCCCUAAAUAAUCAGUUAUUUAUUGAAAACGUAAUGCAUGUUAGAAAUUAUCUUGCAUUGUGUCCAGCUUUGUUGAUUGGAGGUGAUCUGAAUGGGAUAUUUUACAUUGUAUUGGCCCUCUUCAGUGGAGAGAAUGUGUACAAGGAAACCAAGAUAAUUGUAAUGUUCAAUAGGCAAUACUACUGAAACCAGCAUUUCUCAUAAAAGUGAGUUUUAAAUGGCUUUAGAUUCAUUAGAUGCCAACGCCUCUGAGGUAGGUUUAUACAGCAGGUUUCUAUACCAUUCCUUCUCGCAAUUCUUCCAUAUUAAUGACUAAGCUGCUUUAUAAUGUUUGUACUGCCAAGGCCAGUCUCCACAAAUGCACUAAUUAAAUAAUAUUUAUUCAAACAUUCCUAAAACAUAAAUACUAGCAGUGAUUAGCACAAUGUGCACUUACUGUUUAGCACUUUUUGGGCACCAAGUCCAUGAAAUUCUUCCGAAUUGUUUCAUUUCAGCUUGUAUGGAUCUUACAAAUGUGGAGGAGUAUCUUUUUUCAUGUUAGAUGGGUCUUCCUCUGCACUUUCAGCAGAGGGACAGCUUUGAGGAAUUUCUCAGGCAAAGAACGUUAAAAAAGGCAAGCUGCAUUCCAUCCUUGGUACAGCAUUGUGCCUGAGAGCCAGUCCUUGUGUAUAUCACAAUAUGGCCUUGGAUAUAACAGAGGACAUCAAAAUUAAUUUUAUUCCAUUCAAGGCAUGGUUGGAAAAAGAGCUUUGUUCAUGAACAGCCUAUUUAAUUGCUAUAUAUUUUCUAAUUUGUUGACUUGCUUGAGUGAUAUGCAUGUUGGACUGUCAGGAAAAGCUGCAGUAUGAGAAGUACUGCUUUGUAAUUUUGACUAGAUGUGAGUUUGAUGUUAAAUGACACUGCUGGAAAUGCUCAGCAACACAAGCAACAUCUGUGGAGAAAGGAACAGGUAACGCUUAGUUCAAUGGCCUUUCUUCAGAGAAUGACCUACUGAGUAUCUCCAGCAUUUAAUUUUUUCAUUUUACAUUUCCAGCAAUUGCAGUACUCUGUGUUUCUGUGAAUUUGAUAUUUAUAGCUUCUAAAAAUGAGAUUUUUUAUUUUCAGUCUCACUUAUAAUGUUGAUGAAGGUUAAUUAUUUGUAAACUCGUAUUGCAGAUUUUUUCAUUCCACAGUUGGCAUUCAUAACUAAUGCAGCAUGAAAUGUGCUUCCUGUCUGGAUGAAAUAGAGUGCUUUCACUAUUUGGUCUUGACUCUCUUUUCCAUCUCUUCCUCUGUACAUCUGCUGUGCAGUGAGCUGUUGUUUGUUGCUUAUUUCAUUAAAUAUUUAUUUUAAAGUUAGCACCUUGAAGAUAGAAGUAAGUGUCCAAAUGUGUCAAAUCAUUCUGCAUUCGAUUUUAACCGUUGUCUUUGAGCCUGUAAAGGUCUGUCUUGUGUAGACAAAGAAUGAAAUAGUGAACAGCAUCAAAGCACAAAUGCAGGGUUAAACCAUUCACUGAAUUCUCUGGGAGCCAUUCUCUCCUAUCUUGCUGAGCCUGCUGUUUGCUUUAGAAAUAGAACAGACUUUGAGAAUGCUGUUUGGUUUGGUAGAGCAAUCAAACAGGUAUGGAGCUAAACCACCAUCUCCAGCUAGCUCCAUCUGGGAUCUUAAGUACUUGUGUUAAAAUCAGGGAGUGUUAUCAUUGUGUAGAAAUGUAAGUUCCAAUUUGUGGAAAGUUUAAACAAAUACUAACUCUCCCAAAACAAAAAAAAUAGAGCCUUCCUUCCUCCUUCACACUAACACCCCGGCAGACACAACUGGGACUCCCAUGCACAAUAAAUCCAUGCACUCAUACUCAGGAAAUUCAAGUUGACCCAGUAUUCCUCAGCUUCUCACCUGCUCCCUUUCCUUUUCCUAACUCCCAGCCUUUGUUUCCACGGUCCAUGUAGUGUCAAAUUCAGUCUCUUAAAUUUCCUGAGCUGGAGGAUUAAUUAUUAUAAAAAGACUAAAUGUCUAAAUCUCUCUUUCAGGGAGCAACCUUUUCUCAGCUAUUGAGGGAGUACAAGAGUUGUUACUCCUUCUAUAUGAAGUCCCUAAAGCUGAUCUCAACUACAGGUAGUUUCAUAUGUCAGUGAAGCUAAUCAUAAGCUUUGUAAGAUUAAUGUAAAAUGCAGCAAGAACCAGACGUAAUUAAGCCAAGAGUAGGAUUGGCCCAAAGAAAAUAUAUCAUUGCUUGUUGUAUUCUCUUUACCUUCCUCAUCUUUUGUUUUGUGUUUGUGGAAUAAACAGUGAAUUUGUCAAUUGCAUCUGAUUUUUGGAACAUUAACACCCAUGCACUGGGUUUAAGAGUAUUGUAUAGUUUUGUGGACAUGCUUAAAGAGAAGAAAAUUAGAUCAGGCUUCAAGGUAGCUAUAAAUAGAGUUCAAGACUUGAUGCUGUUGCUGAAGUGUAUGCUGUUGAUGAGAAGCUGAAGUACUUUAUAGUGGAGCCCACUGGCUUGAUCCCGGUUGAACAUAAUGGAAAUCCAUAGUGGCAGACACACAAGGUGCUAUUUUAAGCAUUCCUGUUUUUCCAAAGUGACACUUCAGUUAGGCGCCACUGUUUUGCAUCAGAAUAUUAUUGAGUAACCAUGGAUAUAGUGUAUGUUUGCAUAAAUAAUGCAGUGCAUGCUCAAUUAUAAUUACUAUUUGUCUCAAACGUUAAGUGUUCAGUGAGAGUUCCCAGUUGUAAAACUCAAGCCUGCUGCUUCUAAGAAUUGUGAACUUGUCAAAUAUACAACGUCAUCUUCCCACUAGCCUUCCAGUAAUGGAGCCAGUUUUAACCAUUCCCCCAAGGUGAGGACCAGUAAGUCACACUUUCAUUAUGCACUCUGUCCAGUGAAGUCAAUUGGAAGGAAAAUGGUACAGAGUGGUGCACAGGGGAUCACCCUACUGCUGGCUGUUACCAUUGCUGGUGGCAACAUUUAAAAUCAGCUGGGCUGGUUCUGCUCAAAGUUUGUAUUGUACUUAACACUGACAAUGUACUGAUAUAUGGAGAACUAUGUGGUCAGGUUUUGUAAAAGAGUUAUAGUUUAUGAUGUUGAUUGUGCACUAAUGUUCUAUAGAAUAAAGCUUUGAAGAUGAGUGUAACUGUCA